GUCGCUGGACUCUCGGGAUUCCGAAGGCCAACACAGCAUCCGAGCACGGCCUACCAUUUGUUGCUGGCCAAAGCACAAAGGCGCUGGUACCUGCUGAUACGUGUAAUACAAAACCAGCGAUAUGAUCGUGGUCUGGGCGGCGCUGGGACACUUUUGACCCUAUCACGGAUGCUAUACAGGACUUCAUGCCUCAAGUCUCGUCAGCACCACGCACUUUUGUCUCCAACUUAACUUGUAUUUUUAGCAAACGCAAGUAGCUCGCUUGCUUGGUUUCUGGGGGAAGCAAGGCCAAAGCCCGCGGCUGCCGCGGGGUAGCGCUGGUAGGCCCGGUUUGCGUGGCGUGUCAAGCGCCGAUGGGAUCGUGCACAGUCUGCUCUGCACUUCGAUGCCUGCAACCCUGCUGCACCUAUAUUUGCCACGCGCCUCCAACACGUUUGAACCUGCGCCGAAUCUGGCUCGCUGCCACUCAAACGAUUACACCCGAAUGCAGUAAUCGCCGCCUCGUUACACGCAUACGUGACUGAUCUAAACUUAGCAACUAUGGGUCUCGUCUACAGUCGAGCCGAUGAUGCCAAGGCGCCUCCAGCGAAGGCGGGGCCGGGCGGCGACAGUUCGCCCCCACCGAUGCCCAACUUUAGCUUUGCCUCGCAAGCCGCAGCGGUUGCCAAGGAGAUUAAGGAGUCAGAGCGGCCCAACUAUCUAGAGCUGCCGCAGCCCGUGCGCUAUGAGGACAUCCAGCGCGAGGGCAUCAUCUCGCUGAAGCCGGACACGUUCGAGGGCCUGCGCUUCGAGAUCAACAAGCCCCUUAACCAGCACUUCUUCCUGUCGCACAAUCUGUUUAUGGGGAACAUGGAGCUCCAGACGGGUGGGCGGCAGAUCAUCAAGACCCCCGUGGGCACCUACGAGUUUGGCGCCACCACCGUCAGCGAGUCGCAGAACCUGGUGCUCAUGGGCCGCCUGGCGUCCGACGGCCGGCUGUCCGGCCGCAUCAAGUACGACGUCGCCAACUGGCUGGGCUUCAAGGUGCAGGCGCAGCUGGCCAACGCCGCCAACCAGUCGCAGGUGAUGCUGGAUACGGACGUCAAGGGCGGCGACUGGAACGCGCAGCUCAAGCUGGGCGCGCCCGGCUUCGUGGGCCUCAACUACUUCCAGUCGCUCACGCCCAAGCUGUCCGCCGGCGGCGAGUUCUUCUACCUGCCCUCCAACCCCAAGUCGGGCGUGGGCCUGGCGCUGCGCCACCAGGGCGACAAGCACGUGGCCACCUGCCAGGUCGCCACCACCGGCCUCAUGAACAUGCAGUACACACACAAGGUGACGGAGAAGGUGACGCUCGCCGCCGACUUCAUGUGGCACCUGCUCAGCCGCGAUGUCACAGCCACGGUGGGCUACGACGUCGUGCUGCGGCAGUGCCGCAUCCGCGGCAAGGCCGACACCAACGGCGUCAUCACCACACUGCUUGAAGAGCGCUUCAGCCCCGGCAUCAACUUCGUGCUCAGCGCGGAGAUGGACCACUGGCAGAGCAACUACAAGUUCGGCUUCGGCAUCGUGGCGGGCGAAUAAGUGGUGGCAGCGGCACAUGGCGUGUGGCGCGAGGCGCGAGGCGCGGGCGUGGCGUGGCGUGGUGCAGUGGAGGCUGCGGCGGAAGCUACGGAGCGUGGGAUCGGGUCAGGGGGCAGGAGAGGCGUGGGCCGGUCUUAGCCAGGGGGCCGGCUGCCGGACGGGCGGGUUAGAGCUGUGGCGGGUCUGAGCGCUGCGCGGGCGUGUGCCUUGCGCAGCUGCGCGUGGCAGGGCCGGAGUGCGGCGUUUGUGUAGCUGGCAGGGCUGUUAAUGCUUAUGCAGCGGGUCGCGCCGCCGCGGCCCCGGCAAAUAGGAGCGCUGGCACGUGUGCAGGAGCAGCUUAGGCUUUGCGACGGCCACGCACGCACGGCGCUGGUGGCGGACGUGCCACUCACAUGUGGUCAUUUGGCGCCCGGGCAGGCGCUACCAGCAGUUGCAACAGGGGCGCGGACAUUGUGGGGGUAUUGGGAACAGCAAGCCUGGGGUUUGCAUGUUUGGAAGCAGGGUACGGUAGGUGCGCGAGUGUGCGGGUGGGAUGGAUGGCUGUGGAGUGGGUUGUGCAUGACGUGGCAAAAGUGUUAGCGUAGGCCAAUGGGCAGGGGCACAAGUACGGCAGAGCCGGUGAACACGGUUUAGGCAGACACGUCGCAGGUUGCCAAGUUGUGUGUUGCCGAGUGCAGAAUUACAACCCCGGACCCGUCUGUGUGGAGAGGCCCAGGCGCAUGUCCUCGUAUGGAUGUUGUAUGUUUUGGGGCCGGCGUGGGGUGCUUGGAUCCAGGCGGCAUUGCUGACGAACAUGCGGUGUGCGACAGGAGAAAGCAGGGUGCACUUUGACGCUCGAGACUGCGGAGAGCCAUUGAGCGGCAUUAGGCGGGGUUC